UUUAGUUGAUCAAAUGGCUGACCGUGGCGGCCGUGGUGGUGGUCGGGGUGACUACAGAGGCCGUGGUAGGGGUGAUGGUGCUCCCCGAGGUGGAGGUGGCUUUCGGGGUGGCGAUCGUGGAAGAGGUGGCGGAGGGUAUGAUCGUGGUGGAAGAGGUGGAGGAGGCUAUGAUCGUGGUGGCAGAGGAGGUGGAGGCAGAGGCAGAGGCAGAGGUGCUCCUCGCGAGAUCAAGGUCUACCGAGAAGGGCAGAUACCCACCCCGGAUCCUGAGGUCACCAAGGUUGAGAAUGCAAUUGUACAGGAUUUAUCUCAGCCGCUUGCCGGAUUGUCAGUGGACAGUCAGGACAACCUUCCUCUGAGACCAGGCUAUGGGAAGGUAGGACGCGAAGUCGUGCUUUGGGCGAAUUACUUCGAGCUCAAAGGAGUAGCCCCGGAUACAAUACUUUACCGAUAUUCCGUCAAUGUUCAGGGUGAGACUGGGGAUAGCUUGCCCAAACCCAAGAGAAAGCGACUUAUAGAGCUUUUACUUCAGCAACCCCCAUUCUCGGGAGCUCGCGUAGCCAGUGACUGGAGCCAGAGCCUGGUAUCAGCGACGGAGCUCGACCUUGGCAGCCAGAAUGCUGCUUACGACAUCGAAUGGUAUCCUGCAGAUGGUGAUCCUCCGACUCCCAGCACUGAAGACGAUCCCAGGAAGAAGAAAAACACUUUCAAGUUGCUGGUGGCGUCGAUGACUUCGGUCAGCGUCAAGGAUCUUCUCGACAAUAUCAGGCAGUCGAAUUCCGCGUCUUCCAUGAAAUUGGAGACAAUACAAGCACUGAACAUUGUGCUUGCUUCGGGUCCCAACACUGACUCUCGCGUUGCAGUGGCUGGAGGCAACAAAUUUUACCCUUUCGGGUCUCACCCACAGUUUGAAUGUGCCGACUUGGGCUCCGGUCUAAAUGCCCUGAGGGGGUACUAUACUAGUGUCCGAACCGGAGCAAACCGCCUUUUGGUCAAUAUCAACGUUGCUACUGGGGCGUUCUACAAAUCGGGCCCUCUUCUUGCGGUCUUGUAUGAAAUCGAGGGUGGAUAUUCAGAACGGGAGAACUACAGCAAAAAGGCUGCGUUCGUUCGCAAACUCCGUUUCGAGACGAACUACUUGCGACAAAAGGACAAGAAUGGCAACAAAAUCCCGAAACGCAAAGUUCACAGCAUUUUCGAACUCUCGCAGUUUGGCAAGAACAGCACCAACACAACGUUCAAAACUGAUGAUGGCAAAGAGGUCAGCAUUCGGGAUCAUUUCCAGAAAGCUCAUGGGAUUAAGCUCAAAGAGCCCAAUGCACCACUGGUGAAUUAUGGUGACCGCAACAAGCCCAAAUGGAUCCCAGCGGAGUUGUGCACCGUGCUGGGCGGACAGCUGGCUCGACGCCUUCUACAAGGUGAACAGACUCGAGCAAUGGUUGAGUUUGCGGCUCGGCCACCGUUCGAGAACGCCACCAGUGUAGAGCAGGAUGGCUUGCAAGUCGUGAAGCUCAAAGCAGGUUUGGAUGAUCACCUGAAGGAUUUCAAGAUAAAUGUGGUCCCGAAUCUAUUGACAGUCAAGGGUCGGAUUCUUCCUUCGCCAAUGUUGCAAUACAGACAGAAGGCGCAUCAACCCGACAAUGGCGCUUGGAAUCUCGACGUUCGUCAACUUGGCCAAAAGCCUUUUAGGAUCGCGAAACCGCUUGGGGCGUGGAACUGUAUCAUCAUCAAUUCCGGUCGUUAUCCCACUAUCCGCGGUGGAUCCGAGGCGGUCUUUCCGGUCUUGCAAGAAUUUCGCAACGCCCUGGACACAUAUGGGCUAGCUCCUGGGCCUGUACAGCCACCAGUGGACGUUGACAUUGACGCCAAGGCUGUUGCAAACCGUGACGUCCAGUACGUAAUGAAAACGAUUGAGGAUGCACUUCGAAGCAAGAUGAAGGCAAAGCCUAAAUUUCUUCUGGUUCUGCUACCUAGCGACAAUGCCGUCAUUUACGAUUGCGUCAAGUCUGUAUGCGACUGGAAACAUGGAAUUGCAAAUAUUUGCAGUAUUGCCCAAAAAUUCACCAAGGAGAAGGGGCAAAUGCAGUAUUUUGCAAACCUGGCCCUGAAAUUCAACCAGAAGCUGGGCGGGGUCAACCAUUCCAUUGAUGUGAAGAGCCUCAGCCCCCUUGACCAGAACACCAUACUGUUCGGAAUCGAUGUCACGCAUCCUUCGCCUGGAAGCUCGGAGAUGUCACCUAGUAUCGCAGGCGUUGUUGCAUCGAUCGACUCAAAUUUCUCCCAAUAUCCCGCCAGCAUGCGGACGCAGGAAGGAAGGAAAGAGAUGGUGACUGACCUUGAGGAAAUGAUCAUCGAGCGCCUGCAACUUUGGCAACAGAAGAACCAGGGCCGUUUGCCGACUAAAGUGAUUGUGUAUCGCGACGGAGUAUCUGAAGGACAGUAUUCUAUUGUCCUGAACGAGGAAUUCCCGCACUUCAUCAGAGCGUUUAAGAAGCUGUAUGGGAAGCCCGAGAAGCAUCCCAAGAUAUCGAUUGUUGUCGUCGGAAAACGCCAUCACACACGUUUCUAUCCUACGAAGAAGGAGGAUACCGACGGUCGCAGCGGCAAUCCAAAGCCGGGCACUGUGGUUGACCGUGGUGUCACCGACGAGAGACUUUUUGAUUUCUUCCUUCUGGCCCACCAGGGACUUCAGGGAACAUCCAAGCCGGCGCAUUACGUGGUGUUGAAGGACGAUAAUAAGUUCGGGGCGGAUCAGCUCCAGAGCUUGACGCACAAUUUGUGCUACACCUUUGCUCGUGCCACGCGUGCCGUUAGCAUUUGUCCACCCGCAUACUACGCUGAUCUUCUUUGUGAGCGAGGGCGUUGUUAUAUCAAUGCGGUUCUAAAGGGCGGUGAUGGGGCUAUCGAAUAUCAGAAGAAUGCCCACUGGUCGAGGGAUGUUCAUCCGGCCCUCAUGCAGACCAUGUAUUAUCUUUAA